GUGAGGAGGACUCUGGCUGUACGAGCACUGUCGUUAUCUCUCGUUUUUAAUUGACCGAAAUCCUGCGUGGAAAUGCGGCUGCCACUUCUCAGAGUGUGUUCCAGGAGCCGGGCUACCUUCACCGCUGCUCCGUUAAAGCUAAAGAGGCUAAGCGACAAUGCUAACGCGUGUCACUUCACUCAUUCAGCUGGACUUCGCGCACAAACAUGCAAAGCACUUGUGUACAGCAAACACGGAGACCCGGCUCAAGUCGUUCAAUUAGAGGAUGUAGAUCUGCCUCCUAUAGGCGCACAGGAUGUCCUAGUUAAAAUGUUGGCAGCUCCUAUCAACCCAUCUGACAUCAACAUGAUACAAGGUACGUAUGCCAUCCUGCCUGACCUCCCGGCUGUUGGGGGCAACGAAGGUGUGGCUGAAGUCAUAGAGGUGGGCAGCCAGGUGAACUCCCUCAAAACUGGAGACUGGGUCAUUCCAAAAGAUGCUGGUCUAGGAACAUGGAGGACAGAGGCAGUGCUAUCAGAAGACGAUGUCAUCUCCCUACCAAAUAACAUUCCCUUGUUGUCUGCUGCCACACUGGGGGUGAACCCGUGCACUGCCUUCAGGAUGCUCUCUGAUUUUGAAGAUCUUAAACCAGGCGACACAGUGAUCCAGAAUGCAGCCAACAGUGGAGUGGGACAGGCGGUCAUACAGAUUGCUGCUGCAAGAGGAGUAAACACAAUCAAUGUCAUCCGAGACAGGCCAGAGUUCACACAUCUCAGUGAUAGGUUGAAGGCCAUUGGAGCAACUCAUGUGAUUAAAGAAGAGGCGCUGAGGCGGCCUGAGAUCAAGGAACUGUUCAAGACAUGUCCAAAGCCAAAACUGGCAUUAAAUGGAGUCGGAGGCAAGAGUGCAACAGAACUGCUUCGUCAUCUUCAAAUUGGAGGCUCCAUGGUGACGUAUGGUGGGAUGGCCAAACAGCCAGUUACUGUCCCUGUGAGUGCUCUCAUUUUUAAGGAUGUUAAGGUUCGGGGAUUUUGGGUCACACAGUGGAAGAGAGACCACACAAGUGAUGAAGGUGCGUUCAAAGCCAUGCUGGAUGAACUGUGCUCCCUCAUCAAGCAGGGAAAGUUGAGCGCUCCAAUCUGCACCAAAGUCAGUCUCCAAGACUACAGCAAAGCUCUUGAAGCAGCUACGAUGCCCUUUACUUCAGCUAAACAGGUUCUAAUCAUGUGAACUUACUCAACUCCACUGUCAAGUCCACAGUGUGUGUGAACAUCAGGGGUAUUUAUGGAUCUAAUACACUGCUCACGCGCAUGAAUACUCAAUAAAUAUGUCAUCACAACAA